AUGAGUGCCAUGACGAUGUCGUUGCUUGAAAGCGAGGACGAGACUGGCUCCUCAAGGGCUGAAAGUGUGGAAGACAAUCCACAACAGUCCAAGGAAGUCCUGCGGCUAGUUCAAAUGGGCUUCGAUCCAGGUAUGGCAGCUGAGGCCCUUCGAUCUACGAAGGGCGACACGCAGGAAGCCAUUGAUAUGCUGACCGCCGAAUCCGAAGCACCCGAAAUGCCAGCAGAGGGGUUGCAAGCAAUUGAAUCCAUGGGCUUCACCAGGGAGGCAGCCACAAGGGCAUUGCAGAGGGCAUCCGGGGACACAGAAGCAGCCAUCAAUCUGCUGCUGGAACCUGAUCAGCUCAGAGACCCGCCUCAGACAACGCCGCUGGCACAGAGGGCACAGGAGGCGCCCGGCCGGGCCCUGGCGCAGAAGCGGGAGAGGUCCCGUAGUCGGAGCCCGCGUCCAAUGCGACAGUCCUCUUGCCAGAAGCUCACUGCUUUCUCUGAUUCUGCAAAGCAGGCCGUGAUCGAAGCCUUGGGAGGCCCGGACGGCAAAAGAAAGAGCCAAGUGACACGGUCUAUCAAGCGUGGCCGUGUUUCGCAGUGGCAGCAUCACUGGCAGAAAGAUCCCAGUGAAGAACAGUUCGAGGCAGCAUCGCCCGGCUAUGCAAAACUCAAAGGCUACCAGAGAGUGGGGGUGCGGUACCUGCUCACACUUGCCAAACUUGGCUGCGGUGGCAUUCUUGCAGAUGAAAUGGGCUUGGGUAAGACCGCGCAGGCACUAGUAUUCCUGGAUCUACUGCCCACAGUGCUCAGUGACAAGCAGGCACGUGCAAAGCAGCGACCAUCGCUGGUAGUCGUGCCGGCGACGGUCCUGGAAAACUGGGAGCGUGAGUGCAGCUUGUGGUGCCCCCAUUUCCAGGUUUUUCGAUAUCACUCGUCCAACGCUGAUGAGCGGGCACACCUGGCAGCGGAAAUUAACGAGAACUGGACGAGAGGACAAACGGCCGUUGUUCUCACUACUGCUGCCAUCCUGCGUAACAAAGACGACCAACACAACUUCUUCAAAAGGUUCCACUUUGAAUGUGUGCUCUGCGAUGAAGCACACUCCAUGAGGAACGAGAAGACGACGGCCUUCCGGAAUGUGACGCAGCACCUUCAGGCAAAGCGCCGCAUACUCCUCACCGGCACCCCUGUGCACAACAAUCUUCAGGAGCUGGGGAACCUCCUGAAGCUGCUGCUGCAGCCGGGCGUCGGCAAGACCCAGCAGAUGAUCAAGGAGCUGGAGCAGGUAGUCGAGCGCCAGUCCUUGCGGACGCUUCAAGCACGGGCUGCCCCAUUCAUGCUCAGAAGGCUGAAGCGCAACGUCAUGUCCGACUUGCCGGUGAAGACAUGCCAGCCGCUGCGCUGCCAGCUGACAGCGAACCAGGCGAAGCUGUAUCAGGAGCAGCUCCGCAAAGCCAAAGAGGACUCCAAGAAGCUGCGAAAGUCCAAAGCUACCAGGAUGAAGUUCGUCAGGCAUCUCUUUGCACGGCUGCGACGACUUUGCAAUCACCCGCUGCUAAUGCAAGCUAGGCUGUCUGAGGCUGAUUACACCAACGUCACGAAGCUCCUGAGGACAGUACGCGACGACUUUGCAAAAGUCAGUUUCGAGAAGUGCUUGGACUUUGUCAAAGACAUGAGCGACUAUGAGCUGGUGCAGCAGGUUCGGGAGCAUAACCUGCAGGGCAAGCUUGCUGGUUGUGGCAUUGACCCAAAGAAGUGCAGCAUCACCAUGGACAACAUCAUGAACUCUGGAAAGAUUCAGGAGCUCUUCAAGAUCUUGGAAAGUCAGCGUGAGGCUAAGCGCAAGACAUUGGUGUUCUCCCAGUUCACCAUGUUCCUGGACAUCAUUGGGAGUGCCCUCGAGGCACAGGGCAUGGAAUUUGUUCGUGUCGAUGGCGGUACCAAAAUCGGCGACCGGCAGACCAUGGUAGACAGCUUUCAGAAGGAGGGCUCCGGGGUGGAUGUGAUCAUCUCUUCUCUGAAGGCCGGGGGCACUGGCUUGAACCUGACCGCGGCAGACCGAGUGGUUCUUAUGGACCUGUCAUGGAAUCCACAGGACAAUCGGCAGGCGGAAGACCGAGCACACAGACUGGGUCAAACUCGACCAGUUACUGUUACCUACAUGACGGCCAGGGAUACCAUCGAGGAGAAAAUUGUGAAAUGCAACAUUGAGAAGAUGCAGCUGGACUACGAGUUUGGCGGGCAGAAGAGUGUUUUGGAGAUGGCGGAAGACAACGCCAAAGCCGAAGAGGACGAAGAAGACCAAGAUGGGUCUCAGAGUGAUAGUGAGGCUGAGAAG